CGGUCCAGCUUACUGCGUCAUAUCAAAGCCAGGUUCAAAAACCUGGAGUACUCCCAUUUAAAACCCUUCGCCUUCCUUGCCGUCUCCUUCACCUUACUGCUCUCUUUCUUCACUCGCAUUUUCUAUCUCGAGCUUUAUCGCAAAAGCCAUGGCUUUACCUGGUCAACAAGCUGUCGAUUACCCUAAUUUCAAGCUCGUGAUCGUUGGUGAUGGAGGCACCGGAAAGACAACUUUUGUGAAGAGGCAUCUUACCGGGGAGUUUGAGAAGAAAUAUGAACCAACUAUUGGUGUGGAAGUUCAUCCUCUGGACUUCUUCACCAACUGUGGGAAAAUUCGAUUUUACUGUUGGGAUACUGCUGGGCAAGAAAAGUUUGGUGGUCUUAGAGAUGGUUACUAUAUCCAUGGACAAUGUGCCAUCAUCAUGUUUGAUGUCACCGCUCGUUUGACAUACAAGAAUGUCCCUACAUGGCACCGUGAUCUAUGUCGGGUGUGUGAGAAUAUCCCAAUUGUUCUAUGCGGGAACAAGGUUGAUGUGAAGAACAGGCAGGUCAAGGCAAAACAGGUGACAUUCCACAGGAAGAAGAAUCUGCAAUACUAUGAGAUAUCUGCCAAGAGCAACUACAAUUUUGAGAAACCAUUUUUGUACCUUGCUCGUAAGCUUGCAGGGGACCCAAAUCUUCAUUUCGUGGAGUCUCCUGCUCUUGCUCCGCCAGAAGUUCUUAUUGAUAUGGCAGCACAACAACAGCAUGAGGCUGAACUUAUAGCUGCUGCUAGUCAACCUUUGCCAGAUGACGAUGAUGAUACAAUUGAGUAGAGGUUUAUAAUUGUGGGGCGGCUUUUUUGUGUUGUUUAAGUUCCUCUCUAGUCUCUAUUCUGUUUCCAGUAUUUACUAUUUGGUUAUUGAGAUGGGGACUAAGGAUUGAGAACCAUGUUAGGGUUCCUACCAUUACUUUCUGAGUCAAUAUUGUGCUUUGUUUAUGAUGGAGCUUGUUAUUCCUGGGCUCUACACGUUUUCUGUGCGUGAAAUUUUGGUGUUUACAAUUACUGGGAUUUGAAUGUUCGCCACCCUCUGUGUAGGCAUACAUGAUGCAUGUCGACUGUUACGGUGUUACCUCUCCCCAUAUGUAGAUGUGAUGGUUGGUUUGGACUAUAUGUAUCCCCAGAUUAAACAUCAAUAUUUAUGGUUUAUAUGAGUAUCACUUUUAAGAUUUA